AUGGUUAUUAAAGUAGGACUUAUUGGUCUCAGUUCCGUCACCACCAAUGUCUCCGCCAGUCCAGGAGAUAGUUGGGCCGCAAGCGCCCAUCUACCAUACCUACUCGCCUCGCCACACUACGAAAUAGUAGCUCUCUGUAACUCAAGCGUCAAGUCAGCGCAAACAGCAGCUCAGCGCUACAAUCUACCGUCCAGCGUCAAGGCCUAUGGUAGCUCUGAGGAUCUAGCUAAGGACCCCGAUGUCGACCUCGUCGUCUGCUCGGUUCGGGUGGAUAGGCAUCACCAGUUGAUGAUGCCUGUCAUCAAGGCAGGCAAGGAUGUAUACGUCGAAUGGCCACUAGCAUCCAACCUCACUCAGGCUACAGAAAUGUACACGGCAGCCCAGAAGAGCGGCAGCAAGACCAUCGUCGGGCUGCAAUCCCGCUCGAACCCCUAUAUCCGAAAAAUCAAAGAGCUGGUAGCAAACAAGACCGUUGGAGACCUCCUCAGCUCGACACAGGAAUUCACUCUCGGUUGGGUCGGCGACGUCGAGCCCCCCGCAGUCGAGUACUUCACCAAGAAAGAAAGCGGUGGCAACUUCCUCACAAUUCUCUUCGGUCACACUGCAGACCCCGUCUUUCAUGCGUUAGGCGGUUUGGAAGAACUUUCCGCGUUAUUGACGACCCGCUGGCCUGAGACCAAGCUUUUACACGCAGAUGGAAGUUUCGACCGUCUGGUCAAGCGCGAGACGCCCGAUCACGUUAUGCUGCAAGGUACUCUUAAGAACAAUGGCGCGCCUAUCUCGAUGACAGCAAGGAGUGGCAAGGGAUUCAAGGACUCGCCGAACCUUGUAUGGAGGAUCUUUGGCACCAAGGGUGAGAUUCGCUUAACGUCCGCUGCGAUGCUUACUCUAGCGCUUGGUGGAGAGAAGAUUGAGGUGUUUGAUCAUGAGAAGGAUACAGUGGAAGUGGUGAAUGUGGAGUAUGCUGAGGCAGUGAAAGACUUGUCGCCUUUUGCGAAGGAUAUCGGUAUGUUGUAUGAAGGCUUUGUCAAGGGGUGGGGUGUAGAGGAAGGGUUUGUCAACUUUGAACAAGCGGUUGGUAUGCACAAGAUUAUUGAUUGUAUGGAGAAGAGCAGCGAAGAAAGGAAAUACAAAAAGGUAGCGGUCUGA